GGUGUAUUAGCCUAUUUCGAUGGUCAAGUAGCUCAAACAUCAGCCAUCAUUACACCCAAUACUAUAGUUUCUGUUCUUUCGACAGGGUCCAAAGUAUUACUGCUCUCCGCCGCUGCAGGCUACUUUGAGAUAGUUGCUGAUAUAAGUCGGAGACUACUUAGAAGUAUCCAGCUCCUCUUCAGUCAAAACUUUCGGGGAGGUCUGCUCGUACGACUGGGUGCUUUAAUUACCCUCCUUACUAUUGCCUUGGACCCUUUCGCACAACCUGGAGGACAAAUAUCCCGAGCUUUACGAUACUCUCUUGGGAAAGCAGGAUACCCGGCUUGGGAGAUAGGCAGAAAAGUGAGCGAUAAUAGGCGAAUGUACGCGGAUCAGCCUUUUAUCGCAGACGCUGAUUUUGCUUUAAAAGCAGCCACUAUAUUUAGAUUAGCAGCCGAUGCCCAAAGUAUCAUACAACAAAGAGCCCUCAAUUGCCCUGGAGAAGCCUGCGAAUUUUCCAAAGUAGCCUCAUUAGCGGUCUGUAGUAGGUACAACAAUAUCACCUCGUUCUUAGAGCGAACAGAGGACAAGGUAGGAACCCUUCUUAGCAGAAUCCCAGAUAGAGGCAAGACAUUACACAGUCGUCAAAAGAAUAAUCUGACCCGAUUCUCUUUGCCGAAUGGGCUUUACCUGGAUAAUAAGGAUGGUAAUCAUUUCAUGGGCCUUUAUUACAUGACGACUUUAGGGACAGGCAACCGCAGCAAAACUUUAACCAUAGCUGACAUUAAUACUUUGAUAUGGUCACAAAACAUCAUUAAGGUGAUAAAUAAUACGUCAGCAACUGAGACCAUCCUUUGGCCUAAGUAUGAAGUUCAUGCUUCUGAGUGUGCGUUGUACUACUGCGCCAGAGAGUACAACUUUACAUUCUACAAUAGCACAAAGACAGAAACUUCAAGCUCUGAAAUUAUGAAUGCGAAACAACACCCUGACUCU